AUGUGUCACGGACAUCCACAUAUCCACGGUUGUGGCCACCAAUCCAUGACUUGGCACUGCUGCCCGUCAGCUUUGAUCGACCUUGAGACGGGAUGCGAGACAGCGUGUUCCAAUGUCACCUUCGUUGCUCCGCGGCCAUCAAAUGCUGUUUGUGUGCUUAUCAACUGCGACUACCGCAGCGGCGGCACCGGCUGGACCUGUUGCAACUGCAGAGGGCGUAACACGAGUGGGUGGUGCAAGAACAUGUCGCCCAACCCCAAAUGGGAAAAGAGUACCAUCACCAACGAGUGGGAGUGGAUCGAGGCCUGUGACCAUGGAUUCUGUCGGAAUUGUGCCAAAAAUCCCUCAACCAGCUACGGCGAGCCUAGCCGUUAG